CUCAGCUGCUAGGGGAGAGACACGUAGGCGGGCCUCCUCUUGUUCCUCUGUUCGUCUCUCCCCUCCCUCCCUGCACCCGCCGCCCGCCCCGCGCGAGGAAGGUCACGGCCGAUUAGCGCUGCGACGGCGCUGUGCUGCGCGGAGGCGACGGGACAAGGCAAGCCGUCGACCCCCAUCCCCCGUGCCUGUGACCGCGUCCCAGCCGCCGCCCCUUCUUCCUCCGCUCCGGUGCUCCCCUUCCAACUCCGACGCCAAGGAAGAGAGGGCUUCCCGUCGGCCGCUCGCUCGUAGCCUGUACCCGUCCAGCGCGCUUGGAGAGGGAAGUUGGCGAGGGUUUCGUCGGCGGGCAUGCGGCGGGCGGAGGACUUCGGAUCUGCCAGCACCCAGUAACGGAGGAGUCCUCCUGCUCUCCCUCUUCCCCGCCGCUGCCGGCGACGGGCGAUUCCGACUGUCACGAAUCGAGUGCCCGCCACCUGUUCGACGGAAUGCUCGAGAUGGCUGCGGCGAGUGACAGAGACCCUUUUGGAGACCUCCCUGACGAGCUCCUAUCGCGCGUGCUGUCCUUCCUUCCGGCAGAGGAUGCCCUGCAGACCUGUGUGCUCGACACCCGGUGGCGCGACCUCUGGAGGCGCUUCACCAGCUUGCUGUUCAUCUUUGAUGGGCCAACGUUUCCGCGAUACAACCGUUUCAAACAGUUGGUGAAGCUGUUCAUCUGUCUCCGCGGCAACUCGCCUCUCGUCAGGUGUGAGAUCGAUGCCUACCCUGAUGAUGGGCCGGAGAACACGUUCACAAACACCAGGCUGUUGAUUGAUUACGCUCUGGCGUGCGAAGCUGAGGAACUCAUAGUAAGAGCAGCUGACAUUCAGUACGACCUACCAGUGUUCGAUGUGCCCCUUAGUCUCAUCUCCCAACACUUGAAGACCCUGCACCUUGAAGGGGUCAACCUCGACCACUCUGCUUUGAACUUCUCAGGCUGCCUGGUGCUAGAGGACCUAAGGAUUCAACUUUGCAACAUUCGUGCAUGUGAGAUAUCAUCCAUGUCACUAAAGCGCCUGUGCAUCACCGAGUACUGUUUGUUACCGGACAAUGUCCGUCUUCUGAUUUGUGCCCCGAGUCUUAUCUCGUUGCAUCUAGAGGAUUUCGAAGGGUUGACACCUUUCCUCGAAAACAUGCCAUUGCUAGAAACAGCCCAUGUUAGCCUCAAAGAUGGAUGCCAUGAUUUCUGUCACAAGAACAGGCGUAAUUGUGAUGAUCCUUGCUGUGGUUGUCAUGCCUAGCCUACCAACAAGGCGGUGCUUCUCAAUGGUUUGUCCAAUGCUGUCAAGUUGGACUUGAUUGCUUCACCUCAAAUGUUUCUCUACAGAUGGGAUUUGAAAUGGUGUCCCAUUUUUGGCAAAUUGAAGACUCUGUUACUCAAUGAGUGGUUUACGGCUGUUGGCCUAGUUUGCAUUCUCCGACAUUCUCCAGUCCUUGAGAUACUCACUCUUAAGCUUGACAAUACCGAGGACAUUGUAGGAGCAACAGGAGCCCAGGAAACAAAAACACAAUCAUUUGUUUGUGCAUGCAUUAAGUCCGUUUACGUUGAAUGUGAAGAGGUUGAUGAGGGAGUUCUUGCAGUCUUGAAUAUCUUAAGUACAUGCGGCAUACUUCGUGAUCAAAUUAGCAUCAAGGAGGAUCCACAUACGGACUCAGAUUAGAGAGCGACUUGACUCUUGACUGAAGAAAUUUUUGCAAGAUGCAGAGCAUGGUUGGCCUUGAACUUCAUCCCUCUGAAACAGUGAUGAACUGUCACAAGAGCAGUUUAGAAUCUGCUUGCAAGGUAACACAUUCACCCAAGAAAAUUCACUGGUACUUGAAUCACGUGCUCCUCUGCUUCCGAGUGCUCGGCGGUUGUCUCGUAUUCCGCUCCCGUGCGACUUCUCUUUGCGGAAUGAGCGCGGCAAUAAUGGCGCAUGGGGAAUGGAGGUGGAGGGACGGCGCCGCCCUCUGCUCUCCCCUUGUUGUGGUUCGUUAAAUACCGUCGGGGUGGGAUGGUAGGAGGCGUCUUCCUCUCCCUGUUCUUCCCCGCGGCUGCCGGUGGCCGGAGCUUCCGCCCGUCCGCGGGUCGUGCUCAGGUGAAGCUGCAAUCUCUUCCCGCAGUCGAGCUCAGCGCCCGCCACCUGUUCGACGGAAAUCACGAGAUGGCUGAUGGCACCGGCGACGAUCCCUUCCGCGCCCUCCACGACGACGUGCUCGAGCACAUCCUGUCCUUCCUGCCAGGGGAUGACGCCCUUCAGACCUGCGUGCUCAACACCCAGUGGCGUGACCUCUGGAGGCGCAAGACCAGCCUGCGCUUCAUCUUUGACGAAUGGUCAGGUUUCAGCUGCGAGCGUUUCAGUCAGCUGGCGAAGCUCAUGAUCCACCUCAGUGGGAAGUCGCCUCUGACCCAUUGCAAGAUCAAUCCUUGCAUUGACGAGGACUAUGAUGAUUUCACACAAACCAAGCUCCUGAUCAAGUACGUACUGAAGUGCUGCGUUGAAAAGCUCUCGGUUUGCGAUGGCCAUUUAGGCGACGAACGGUUACUGCUCGACGGACGUCUCUUCUCCAGGCAGUUGAAGACCAUGAGAUUGUGUCAAGUUGACCUCGUAAAUUCCUCGCUGGAUUUCUCGCACUGCCCAGUAUUAGAGGAGCUAACAUUGGAAGAUUGCCGCAUUGAUGAGCGCAUAUCUUCCAAAUCACUAGAGCAUUUGUGGUUCAUUGGGGAUUGCAGCUUCCCUCAGGAUUUCCGCAUUCAUAUUGAUGCCCUGCGUCUUAUCUCGCUGCAACUAAAUGAAUUUGAUGACAUGACUCCUUCCCUUGGAAAGAUGCUAUUACUGGAAACAGCAUAUGUUAUGCUUGGCCAGUCAUGCAACGAUUCUUGUGAAAGUUACCCGGAGGAUUGCAAUGAUCCUUCCUGUGAAUGUCGUGAUGAAGAGUGCCUGCUUCUCGAUGGAUUGUCCAGUGCUGUUGAUUUGGAAUUGAUUGCUGAUCCUGGAGUGUUUCUUCAGACGGGAUUUGGAACAUUGCCCCAAUUUUGACAAAUUAAAGACUCUGACACUCAAUGAGUGGUUUACGGCUUAUCUUGAGAAGCUCAUUCUUCAGCUUGAUAACACUAAGAACUUUGUAGGAGCAACCGGAUCCAAACAAUCAUUCGUGUGUGCGCCCACUUUGGCUGUGAACAUUGAGUGUGGAAAAGUUGACAAUGGUGUUCGCAAACUUUUGAAGGUAUUGAGCACACGUGGUAUACUUGGUGAGCAGAUUAGCAUCAAGUGCUGCAGUUGCACUCAGAUUCUACAGAUUUUUGGUCAGGGUGCAGUUUAGUUCCUCUACAUCAAAGUUCUAUUCAGUGACCCUGUGCAUUUUAAAACCAAACCGAGCCCAAUUAUACGGUUUAUGGUAUGCUUCCAUCCACUGAUUGGAACUAAGAUGUGAGCUUGGCCAUGAUGUUCGUCCGAAACUUUAUGUUUUUCUAAAGAGUCGUCUGUAAUGGUGCCAUGUAUUGGCGGUUAUCCUGUUACCGUGAUGUUUAGUUUCACCUUCCCAUCUUUGGUCUCCGCUGGAAGUCUGCCUUUGUGGGUUUUUUUUGUGCGACUUAGCAAAAUGGUUUCUACUUUGUUGAAUUGGGAAUGUGCAACUUAACAAAAUGAUGGCCGUUAAAACAUUGCUAUGUUUUUUUAAUGGGAGUUGAGAAGUCCAUUAUAUGUUUGCGUUAUCAGUAA